AAGCUGUCAAAGUUUCAUUGUGAAAUCUUAACAGAUCAUUCACAAACACAUAAGUUCGAAUUUAUCCAUUCCAAAUAAAAGUGUUCUUAAAAAUGAAUAAUACCAAUAUAUUGACCAUACAAUUGCACGAUUCUCCCGAAGAUCCAUCGACAUGUGCUAUGUCAUCAGCCGAUUGGCAGCAUAUUAGAGAAAAUUCAUACAGUACCUUGGCCGAGUUGAAAAAAAUCAAACUAACCGUAUUCAAAGAAAAGCUCAAUUUAUAUAACGAAAAAUGCAGGAUUAAGGACGAUGUUAUUUUGACUCUCCGCACAUGUUUGGAGACAUAUAAAAAUACGAAUCUCAACAAUAAUGACGUUAUUACAUUUUUGAAAUCCAAAUUAUGCGAACGAAGACAAAAUUCUAUUGCUAUACAAAAGUCGUUUAAGAAACAAUUAACCGAACUUGAAAAUUCUAACAGGGAUAAGAGUGAAAAAAUUGUUAAACAGGAUGAACUUAUUACAGACAAAGAUAAUUACAUACUGAAAUUGGAACAGCAACUAAAGAAAACUGCAGAUCAACUGCAAGAGAAAACUCAGCUCUCUUUUGACUAUCAGCAAAGGAUCGUCGCCUUAGAAGCCAACAUCGAACAAAAGGAUUUGCAACUUGCGGAUAGGAAAGUAACUAUUCAAGAGAAAGAAGAUCAGAUCAGUGUACUUAAGAAUGAAGUGGCAACAACAAGGGACAAGCUAAACGCAACUCAGGAACUGUUGCGCAGUUGGAAAACCCAGAAUUUCAUACAGGCAUUUAAUAGUAAGGAUGCUCAUCGGGCCAAGCUGGAGACUGAACUGCGAAAUAGUACCGAAAGGAUCAAGAAGCAAAACGACCGUCUAUUGCAAUAUUCGAUUAAGGAACUCCAAGCAAGUCUCAGUGAAGAAGAGAGUUCGACAGAGUUGAAAGUGUUAACUUUGCCUCGAAUUGGUUCACUUAAAGUGCUGGCUCAGAAUUGCAUCUCGGGGCCAGGCUGGAUUGUCAUCCAUCGUCGGAUGGACGAUAGUGUGAACUUUAAUCAGGGUUGGUUCUCAUUCGUGGAUGGAUUUGGCGAUAUGGAUGGCGAUUUCUGGAUGGGUCUGGACAAUGUGCACGCCAUGACAAAGAGGCAAACACAUGAGCUCUACGUUCAUUUAGUUUUUCCCAAUAACGAAACGCGUUUCGCUCAUUACGAUAACUUUGCAAUCAGUGGCAAGAAUGAUGACUAUAAGCUGAAGUCCCUGGGUAAUUAUUUUGGAAAUGCUGGCGAUGGAUUGCGACCUCAUGAGCAUUGCAUAUUCAAAACUGUGCGCUAUAAUAGCAAAAAUGCUGUGCAGUAUAAUCGUUGGUGGCAUCACGAGUAUCCAAGUUGUAAUCUCAAUGGGGUGUUUAAUCAUAAAUCUGAGUUUGGUGUUUGGUGGUGUCGCCAGAAAGACACAUUUGUUUUUGUGGAAUCUGUUCAAAUGCUAAUACGGCCAAAACUAAUAUAAAUUUAUCAAUAAAAGUAUUGCUUUAAUUAUGAA